AUGGUCAAGGCGGAUGUCAAGCGGGACUACUAUGCGGACUUGGAUCUCCCUCCGACCGCAGAUGCUGAAGAGAUCAAGAAGCAGUUCAGACAACUGGCAAAACAAUAUCAUCCGGAUCGAAAUCCCGGUCAUGAAGUCGAUGUCGUUCCCAAGUUUCAAGCCGUCCAAGCCGCACAUGAGAUUCUCAGCGACCCGGUUGAGAAAGCCAAAUAUGAUGCCGGUCGUGCAAAGCUGACAGCUAAAAACCCUACGAAUACCGCUGCAGGCCAUCCACCUGAUCCGUAUACCUUUGCGAGGUCUGCCGCUUCGAAACCCCCAGCCGCAGCACCACCAUUCGCAUUCCCACCACCGCCAAAGGCAAAGGACAAGCGAACGCCUUUCACCGCGCCAAACCAGAAACCACAGGCAUCAUCAGGAGCCGAUAAAUUCAAUGCAUUCACACGCGCAGCGCCACAGUCGUGGGAUAGGGCCAGAUUUGAUGAGGCUCGAGCAGAAGCAGCACGAGUCUUUCCGAGCAUGAGACCUGCACAACCUUCUCAACAAAUGCCCCCACGAACCACCCGUCAAGUUCCAACCGCUCCGAAGCUAUCACCCUCGUCAGAAAUGCCCCAUGUUCCGAACGUCCCGCCCACAAGCUUUCCGGGAUUGUCUAGAGCUGCGACCACGAGGAAGCAAGGCUAUUCCUCCGGGUCUCAUGGAACUGAGGAAUCACCAGCCCCGCAUUCCGCAUACUCUUAUGUUCCAGGAAAUCGGGGACCACCGAACCCUCGUAUUUAUGUUCCCGAGGGUCACAAUGUGAAAUCACCUCCGGUUCCAAGGGCAAGACCUGCAGUGAGUCCUCUGCGACACACGAGGUCUUCGGAUCACGACAUGAGAAGCGAUCUGGGCGGAGGGUCUCGGCCAUCAUCGAGAUAUGCUGCCGCCAGUGGUGAGAGAACUGACAUUCACGGAGAAGGACUCCAUCGAUCUGCUAGCGUACGCAACUCGCCAGUCGAUCCUCACUGGGACGAUCGAGGACCAUUCGGUAGGCCAUCAUCUCGGCACGAACAUCUUCCCCGACAUCGAAGUGCCAGUCCGGGAAUGAGGAAGACCGGAGUCAAUGCCGAAUUUUCCGAGUCGUCAUCCUCCGGCGAAGACGAAACACUGAACAUGAAGUCUAGGCCCAAAGCUCAACCACGCCGGCCCAACACCAGAACCGGACCGUGUUUUCAUGCUUUUGCUGACAACGAUCCAGCUCUGACUGGUCAAUUCCCCAGCACCAACUACACGAAGAUUGUUGAUGAGAGCCGGUACGAGUAUCCUCCUCCCGAUUCGAGGGAACCAACUCGCAAACCUUUCCCGGAUUUGACUUCCCCGGACAUUGAGGCGCCGAGGCCCAAUGAUUUGCGCGGAUUUGGUCGCAGUGGUGGACGUUCGGACAGGCCCAAGUAUGCUGCUCCCUUUGUCCCAGUUUCUCAUUCAUGGUCACCAAAAUUGAGAUUCGAUCGAAGUUCCCCCAAAGGGUUUUAUUUAAACGGUCUCCCUUCAUGGGCAGUUCCGUCGAGUGUCUUUCCGCCAGCGACGCCUCCGCGGCGUGGAAAGCGGGAAAGUGACAAUCUUCAUGCCAGAGACAGUUCUCUUUUGACAUCUAAUUCAUCCGAUGACAUCCAUUUGUCUGACAUUGGGGCUAACUUAAGUGAUAGUCAUGAUCCUAAUCAAUCCAACACGCAGACGAAAUUCUCAGCUGCCGAUUGGAAUGACAAGGUAACCGCCGACGACAUCUUUCGCCCGACAGACUCUCCAAUGCGAAAGUCUCCUUCCAAGUUAAAUCGAACUGGGAGCAAACCUGCUACACGAGGCAGAGGAUUGUCUAGAGGAAGAGACCAAGAAACCAGCUCAUCCGAAUCUUCCAAUGGUCACACUACAAAUCAGCGUGGUGAAAAAGUGGCCGAUGGCAGAUCAGCAGCCUUUCAACAGGGUAAAUUAUCUGAUGACUGGGCGUCGAAAGUGAAGGCUUCCACAACCCAAGCACCACCGAAGACAACAGGAAAGAGGCAUGGUCAUGAUUCUGACUCCACGGACGGUUCUCGAGAUCGAUAUGUCGUGGUCGAGGAGGAUGUAAUGGAUGUGGAUGAGACUCCACCAACGAGCGGGGCAAGUGUUCCUACCUCAAAUGGCGUUCACCAUUCGAACGCAGAUGCUUCGCGCCAAUCAUCCAAGGGACAAUCUGUGAAUGGGGUUGACUUGAGAGAAUUCACCCGACAGGCACCCUUUGCUCCCUCUUCCACCGGAUUGAAAGAUAUGGACGAUCUUGCCACUCAUCUGCCUUUCCCAUCACGUGCAGAAAACCAUGUUGACCCCAGUGCCAAGUCCACGGCAAGACUUCGUGUACUGAAUCUGCCGAAACCGCCCAAACCCGUCACACCACCGGCCGAAGAUCGGCUGGAUCAAGCCAAUUUUCAACAGUACGUGGACAACAUGAACGCUUAUAUGAAAGAAUGGAAUUAUUUCAACGCCAGAAUGAUUGAACAUUUCCGGAGCCGACAAGAUCGAGUUUGUGGAACCAUGUCACAGAAUUGGAUCAACAUGCGUGGGGAUGGUCCAGAUGCCGACGUCUUAGAUGAGAAUCGCUCGCAAAAGGCGGGAUAUGCAGCGUAUAUGCAGUGGCUGAAGGACGAUACACAAUGCAGAGAAUGGUGGGAUCAUGCUCACGAGAAACACCUCCAGUGCUUGGAAGAUUUGGGCAGGACGAGGGAAGCGGCGAAGAAGAUGCUGCGUCCAAGUUGA